AUGAACCUACAAACAUGGUCUUCACUACUAGCCAAGGCCGUUGUGGUAAAGACCGCUAUCGCGCUGAGUACAACAUACACAACAGCCGAGCGUCUCGUAAAUGGAGCCCAACCUCCUCCCCGAAACUCUUUUGCAGAGAAAGAUGUCCCUAUGCGUGUCAUUCAUGCAGACAUGUAG